AACGUCAAAGAUCCUCGUUGAGCCUCGGACAGAGAGAGAUCUAGGCCUCUUCGCAUGUCUAGUUUGAAGUGCAAAUACAUUUGACUGGCAGCUGCCUCAUCCAAUGACCGUCUUUAUACGCAAACACGUUACGACACGCCUCCUGGGCGGUGUCUAGGCUUAGAUGGACCAAUCCGCUGAUACCCCGAUUGAAACUAGUCCAGACAUAUCUCGGAGCAGACACGUGUAGGAGUAACCCCUGUGCAUUGUGAGGAGAGAUGCCAGGUGCUGUCACAACAGCUCCCCCCAGGAAUGGGAACCAAACUCCCACCAGCCUGCCCUGGGGGCUCCUGAAUUCCUGCAGACACACUCCGGCCAGUCUUGAUCCUGAUAGCAGUGCGGUGGACUUGAGUGUACCGACAGUGAGGCAGGGAAGCAGGAAGAGACAGCGCCUCCUGGCGCGGAGGGCAGUGCUGGAGAAGGCAGGGGUGUUACACAAGCACAAGAGGGACACCGGCAGCAGAAGAGUCUUGAGCUCCACUCUGCCCAAGAAGGGCUCCCAGCCCAGAACAACCCUUCUCCCUCCUGAGCCUGGGGGUGGGAAGAGGGGGCUGUUAACGGCACCCCCUGGAGGGCUUUGGGAGUGCGACAGCGGGUUCUCAUCGGAAGCCAGCCCCCCUUCCAGUGGACGCUGCUCUCCCUGCUUCCCCUCCAACCCUAGCAAGCUGGUGGCGCUGGACUGUGAGAUGGUGGGCACGGGCCCCGGGGGGCGGUACAGCGAGGUGGCACGGUGCAGCCUGGUAGGUUACCAUGGCGAUGUGCUCUAUGACAAGUACAUCUGCCCGCUGGGGCCCGUGGAGGACUAUCGGACACGCUGGAGCGGCAUUCGCAAACACCACCUCCGAGACGCACUGCCCUUCAGAGAGGCGCAGAGAGAGAUCCUGCAGAUAUUGAAGGGGAGGGUUGUGGUGGGCCAUGCCCUGCACAAUGAUUUCCGGGCGCUGGGGUAUAAUCACCCCUGGGAGAUGACGAGAGACACCAGCCGCCAGCGGCUACUCAGACUGAGGGCCGGCCUCCCGGUCAGGGCGUCGGUCUCGCUGCGGAACCUUACAAAGAAGCUGCUGAACAGAGACAUCCAGGUGGGCAGGGAAGGGCACUGCUCAGUGGAAGAUGCCACCGCUGCCAUGGAGCUCUACAGGCUGGUGGAGGUGCAGUGGGAGCAGGAGGCCCUGAGCAGGCUGCCAGCCGAGGAGACGCACUCUGACCUCUCCCCCAGCCACUACAUGAACGACCACUACUGGCCUGAAGACCUGAAGGAAGACUGCAAGUGAAGACCAAGCUGCCACCAAACCUACCUCAGCUCUUCCUGGCAGGAGAGUCCCUGGCUCUCCGGCUUGGGUUCCACAAGCUCAGGUGUUUGAACCAGUGACCCUAAAGGUUGUGUGUGUGGAGGGUGAAAUGCUCUACCCAGUUCUGCUGUUUCCAUCUAGCGUCACCAUGACUAGACCAACUAGAACUUGACUAGAAUCGACCCUUCUAUUUAAUCUGCAGUGUAAUGCAGUGUAUUACACUUCACAUUAUUUGUCAGCCCUGCAUUGUGCCUUUGGGUGCUGAUGCGGUUUUGAAACUUACUCCUGACUUGUGGAAUUUCAGAGGGUCUUGUGAAAAUCCCUGCAGCUGGAAACCAUGCAGACUGUGGAGAUCCACACUGUGUGGAAUCCAGGCAUGAGGAAUCCCUUUGCUGGUGGAAUGUCAGCAUUAAAGACUUGAGUGCUGUAUGUUAUGGAACAGAAGCACAGUGAUUGACAUGUUGAAUCCUUGCUGUUUACACUCAGGUGGUACAGAGUUCUCUAUUGAUUUCAGUUUCUUGUUUCUGUAGUCACCAUACACAGGGAGGUCAGGUAAAAUAAUGGAAACGGUGACGUAUUGAAAUACAGACACCCUUGUGCUCUGUAUUAAUCGUGGGAUGAUUUAUUGACAUCUGCUAUGAAGAGGUCUGCCCUACAUUAAGGGUGGGUUUUCAAGAUCCGCUGCAGUUGAGAUUAAUAACAGAACCAAUGUGGUGGUGGGACGUGUGUGGUAACUGCAGGAGAGGUCCCAGUUUGAAAUCUAACCACUGGCUCCCACUGCAUAUCAGUUUGAUCCAUUCCUGGUUUUACUGUGAGUUUAUUAAGACGUCUGAGCUUGUCACCUACACACUGUGGCCAAUCAAGCUGGAAUGGAUGAAACUGCUAUGCAAUAGGAGCCUUAUUUCUGCCCCUGUUCUGAAUGACUGUUUCAUGCAAUGGUGAAUCAGGAGCCCCUGUUGGGCGCUGUGAGCAGAGUAAGAAACGCAUAUUACACUGCUGGAGCACGUCUGUAUCUUCAGAACAGACUUCUGCACUCCCAAAUGAAGAAAUGUUCACACUGUCACUAAAAACAAUGUGCAGAGUCAAAUGUUACCUCGGACAAAUAAAGAAAGGUCUUUAUUG